AUGAAUAGCCAUAACUUUUUUAGAGUUCUUAUUGCAGCUUUCCAUCUCUUCCUCCUCCAGUCGUACGCAGUGCAAGGGAUUAUCAGAAUCGCGUUGACGAUGGGUAAUACUUCAUUCAACAAAAACGGAGUGGGAAUGACGACUUCUAAGCAAGAUAUCUAUUUCGGGGAAAUAGCAAUUGGUACUCCGGGGCAACGUUUCACAGUCUUGUUUGAUACCGGCAGUAGUGAACUUUGGGUACCAUCUGGGAAAUGGCCGGGCAAGAAGCCUCACAAUCUUUACGUGUCGCAAAAAUCAAGCACUUACAAACCCAAUGGCUUUCUAAGCAUCGACACUGUCAAUGUUGGUGGAAUUACUAUAACUGAUCAGUCCUUCACAGAGGCUCGUUCUACUCCGAGUAAAAAAGAUCCACUUCUAGAAGAAACCUUUGAUGGCAUAUUGGGACUUGGGAGUCCUCAACUUUCUUCAACAAAAACUGUUCCUGUCUGGUAUUCGAUGAUGAAACAAGGAAAGAUUGAAAAGAACAUUUUCUCCAUAUGGCUUGGGAGGUCUGAGAGCUCUGGAGCAGGAGGGGAGAUAGUGUUCGGAGGAACAAACCCAGCUCACUAUACGGGACAGCACACUUAUGUCACCGUGAAAGGGCGUAGACACUCUUUCCAAAUGAACAACAUAUUUGUCGGAAAAGCAGAUACCAAGAGAUGCUCAAGAGGCUGCAAAGUGUUUGUUGACUCGGGCACUACAAACAUUAUUGGUCCAACGGCUAUGAUCAAGGACAUCAAUGAUAGAAUCAAACUAUCACCAGAUUGCAAAAAUUUAAAGAAGCUGCCUGAUGUAACCUUUACGAUAGACGGAAAGAGUUUCUCAGUCAGUCCACGUGAUUAUAUUCGUGGGGAGAAACCAAAAGAAUGCACAAGUAGAUUCGAGGGUAUCGAUGGUUUUAAUUAUUGGGUACUUGGUAUGCCAUUCCUACGAGCCUUCCAGACUGUGUAUGACUACACGGAUGAACCAAUUGUGAAAAUUGGUUUUGCUAAGUCGGUUUAG